UACACGACAUCGAAGCACUGAAGUAGACUGAAGCAUUGUUUUGCUUAAUAACAGGACAACCCCUCAAGCUCAGCAACAAGUGGCUGCAUUUAUCUUCAAAAAAAGAGUCAAGGUGAAAAUCAGUAGUGAUGAAAACUUCAUUUCUGUUAUUCUUCCUGCUGGGCACUGUGUAUUGCCUGCCUAUGCGACGCUCCUUCAGUAGAAUGAAGCAGGACAGCUCUGAGGAACAGCAGGUCCUCACAGCCGGAUCUGAUGAGAGUUCUGACAGUUCUACUGAGGGUCAGAAGCCAGAAGUAGCAUCUAAUGAAAGUGCUGAUACCACUGAUAGCACCGAUACAGAUGAGGACAAUGACACAGAAGAAGCAGAUGAAAGUGAUGAGUCAGACUCUGCAGAAGACCUAACGACUGCCGGGACCUUCACAGCUGAGCCUCCAUUCACCUCCGAGCCCACCGUUCCACCGUUCGUGCCCACCGGGAGAGGGGAUGCUCGGGGUGACAGCAUAGGAUACUAUGAUGAUUCGUACAGGAAGUCCAUGGAGUACCUGAAGAGCAACAAAAUAGAAAAGGGACCUAUGUACUACGACGCUGAAAAAAUGGAAAAAAGCAUGAACCUCAUUAGCAAGAACACUGUAGGUGGAAAGCAGAAGCCAAUCAAAUCCCUUCACACCAACAUUGAAGAAAACGCCAUUGAAAAAGACCUGAAGGUUUUUAAGGCCCUGCGGAUGACUGACGAUUUGUUGGAUGAGGACACCAGCACUCCAGAGGUGGAAAGCCAAGGGCUGGAUGCACCAGGCAGCCCGCCAAAAGAGCGUCAAGCCCCAGGGCCGCAGAGCAGCGAAGAAAGUAGCCAAACAGGGAGCACCGAGAGCGUGGAGGGCACCGACAGCCCCAGCAACGAGGCCCAGAGCAGCGAGGAGUCGACAGCGUCGCCGGCCGUGGACAGCAACAGUGACGAAACCUCCGAGAGCGAAGAGAGCGUCUCCGCUGGUGAUGUGAACCAGGGGGGCGAGAGGCCGCUGGAAGUCAAAUAAAUGAAUAUGUGCUGAUAAUCGAGAACACAAACAUGUUAGAAAACGAACCUUUGAAAUGCCCUCUGCAUUUCUUCAUUGUAGCAGGUUACUAUGAAAACGGCCCCAUUGGCCCACUUACUGCAAAUGUUUCUAAUGGUUGAACCAGACAUACACUAGAACAGAACUUCUGUUCAUUGCACAAUUAUUAUUUUAAUUUUAAUUUUAAUUUUUGUACUGCAUUUUAACAUUUUUUGUUAUUUCUGAAUAAAAUUCCCUUUGUUUCGUAUGUGCUGUUCUUCUUUCAGUAUAAUAUACAUUUAUAAAAAACAAUUAUAAAUAUAUAAAAGAGACACUAAUGCUUAGAAUACACCUAUUUAUCCUUUAAAAUCUUAUUAGAUUCCCAAACAACAAAUACUCAGCAAACCUUGAUGUCUGUAUUAGGGUAAAGCCUGCAUAAAGGAAUUGAGACCUACUGCAUAGCUGUUUGGUCAGUGUUAAACUUAUCAGCUACAAGUUCUGGUUCAACAUACCAUUAAAUAUAUGAAAUAUAUGAUAUAUAUAUAUGAUAUAUAAUAUAUAUCAUAUAUGAUAUAUGAAACUUUUGACUUUAGUUGGAGUUAAUUUUCACACAUAGAUAAUUUAAUCAAACACAUAAUAUAUAUAUAUAUCAGCUGUGAAAUUCAUACAAAAGUCUAAAACUUAUAAACCUUCACAUGGAUCCAAGAGCUAUAAAUUGAUAGUGCUCACAACUAACAUACAGUAAAUAGAGAGUUCUCUAUACCCAAUAGACUCCCUCAUUACUUCACUUUAGGCACAUAAGAAUAAAAUAAACAUUACAAAAAGUAUGCCUAUUCAGCACACCUGGACUUAAGCUCAAUUUGUCUAGCCCAUUCUUAAUAUGGUAUGAAAACAUGGCUGGGUAGCUUGAUCCAAACACCCAUAAUCCUUUGUGAGAAGUCCCUCCUUUUCCACUUGUGACCUCUGGUGCAUGUUUCCCUGAUGAUUCUGAAGCAGUCCACUGUGUCUCCUUGUAUUCCUCUCUGUUUAAGACUAAAAAGGUUUGCUUCUUUUAGCAGAUCCUUUCAGCCAGGGAAUGUGUCCUUUGCUCUUCUCUGGUCUGAUUCCAGAGAAGCAAAAAUAUAUGGAUUUUCAAUCAAGUGAUCAAAGUUUUACACAUUACUCUAAAUGUGGUCCUUCUAGUGCAUUGUAAAAUUUUAACAUAUGCCUUGAUUUAAAUUCUAAACUUUUAACAAUAUAGCCAAAUUUGCCUUUUUUAUUGCUUUGCCACAUCGUUGGAAGAUAUAAAUAAUAUAAUCAUACAGUAAAUAUCAGGCUGUUCAAGUGGAGUGUUCCCAUGUUAUAUCUAUAUGAUUUUGCUAUCUGUAUGCCAUAUUCUGUAUUUGUCUGCAUUAAAAAUUUGAGUGUUUAGUUUUA